AUGCUGUCGUCACGGGGCCUACGGAUUCCAGGAAUACGUUUUCUUAUAACGGGAGCGGCGCCCGCGCCCGGCGCGGACGGCGGCGGCGCGCCCCGCCCGGUAUCGUCCGCCCCUGGAGGCCGGCCCUCCACCGCCUGUAAAGGGGCGGGCGACGGCCCCGUCGCGGGCCCCGGCGGCACUCUUCACUGGUUCGCCUGCGUCGGACCUGACUCCGAGCUCGCCAGCUCAGGUAACUGCCCCCCUCCGCUGCCGCUGCCGUUGGUGUCGCAGCGGCAGCAUGCCUUGCUCUGUUACCCCGCCGCUGCGGCAGCCUGUUACGUAGCUGUUUGGAUUGUUUGCAUUGGCAUGCCCUUAUUUUCCUAG